CGGACUACGGGAACAGUCUGUCAGUAAACUCGGUGCCGUGCGUUUGGCUGGCGCGCGUCCGACCCGACGACCGUUUCCAUGCGCGUGUUCCACGACACGGAUAUACACGCCAGCCGAUCCCACGGGCUGCUCAACUGAUAUUCGCACGGCGGGCGAGUCGCAACCCGCGCCCAGUGAGCUCUCAGUAUUCGCGAACGAAUAUACACUCUCCGUGGUUAAAUCAGGAUAGAAAACAAAUGCUGACUUAAUUGAAUAACACCGGUCUCGUUGAACGCGAUCGCGAGUGUCCGCAAUUGAAACUGUUUUUCCCUCCCGUUGUUUGAUCCCCGUUGUACGCGCGCACGCUUGUUUGCUCGGUGAACAUUUUUACGAAGACAAGAUGGUGCGUGGUCUGUCGCAGUGGACGAAAACCUUGAGCUUCCCCGCGAGGGUGUCCCCCCAGAGGCCUACCAAGGAGUCGAAGGGGUUUCAUGUGAGCCCUAGCGCUAGCCCUACGUCGCCACCCAGCCCGAUCAACGACAACAUGGACAAGGCGCCGAUUAUUACCGAUGAGAAUUUCCAGGACUUGGAAGCUGAAAAGGCAAUAAUGGGCUCCAUUGUGUAUUGCAUCCAUCACAAGGACGGGUGCAAGUGGUCGGACGAACUUAGAAAGUUGAAGGCUCACCUGAAUACCUGCAAGCACGAUGCGGUGCCCUGCAGCAACAAGUGCGGCGCAAUGAUCCCGCGCGUACUCAUGGAGGACCAUUUGAAGUACACUUGUGCUCAGCGGCGAGCACGCUGCGACUUCUGUGCCAAAGAAUUCACCGGUCACACGCUCGAGAAGCACACGGGCACGUGUGGCUACGAGCCCCUUUACUGCGAGAACAAAUGCGGCAUGAAGGUGCAGAGAAGGCAUCUCAGCCAGCACAAGCUGGGCGAGUGCGCGAAAAGGCUGGUGGCCUGUCGAUACUGCAACAAAGAGUUCGUCUUCGACACGCUCGGUGCCCAUCACACCAAGUGUGGCCGUUUCCCGGUCGCCUGUCCUCAUCGCUGUGAAACUGCAGUGCUACCGAGGGAGGACUUGGAAGUUCACUUGAAGGACCACUGCACCACGCACCUUCUGUCCUGUACUUUCAAGGAUGCUGGUUGUCGCUUCAAGGGAAACAGGUUCUCGUUGGAUAAACAUUUAGAGGAAUCCGCGAAGAUGCACCUGAGCCUGAUGUGCAGUGUGGUGACAAAGCAGCAGCAUCAAAUAACCAGCCUGAAGUCAGCUAUCAGUAAAUUGUCAUUAAAUUACACGGGCACGCUGAUAUGGAAGAUCACAGACUACAGCGCCAAAAUGUCUGAGGCAAAGGCCAAAGAGGGCAUGGAGUUGGUUAGCCCUCCUUUCUACACUAGUCAAUAUGGUUACAAGCUGCAAGCAUCGGUUUUCUUAAACGGAAAUGGAACCGGCGAAGGAAGUCACAUCUCCAUAUACAUAAAGAUUCUUCCCGGGGAAUACGAUGCUCUGUUGCGGUGGCCAUUCUCUCACAGCGUGUCGUUCACCAUAUUCGAUCAGACGGUGGUCGCGGAGAAGGCGUGCAAUAUUGUUGAAAGCUUUAUACCCGAUCCAACAUGGAAGAACUUCCAGAGGCCCAGUCGCGAGCCUGACUCCCUCGGUUUCGGCUUUCCCCGAUUCGUUUCCCACGAAAUGGUGAAGAAACGGCAUUUCGUGAAAGACAACACCAUGUUCAUACGGGUGAAGGUCGAUCCUAGUAAAAUCGUGGCCGUCUAAAAACGUAACGGUCGUGUACGAUCAGAAUUCGAUAGCGUGUACCGUACACUAACUCGUCUACUAUCGUUCCACGUAACACACUUUGAUAUCGUUUUACGUAAAUAGUUUGCGAUGCGGUUGUUACGCAUUUCUUAUGUUACACGUAAUGACAGUCCAGUAAAUGUUUCACGAUAAUUGUAUUUAUUUACGUCGGCCGUGUACUUGGUGUGAUAGUGCGGAGUACUUUACAUACAGGGCACAUGGUACUUACAUUGUAUACCAUAGUAACAUUUAUUCAGGGUAUCUCUGAAAGUUUUAGAAACAAUAGUACAGCGGUAUCUCCGAAUUUGUACGAUUCGCUCGAUUAAAUGUCGUGUUUGGACUACUCACCUUCCGAGGGAAAUAUCAAUACGUUGAUAAAGUCAUAGCGAUAGCUGGAAAACUGUUCGAUCGUGAUUUAACUCCAAGUAUCCGAACAUGCACAUCACUGCCCCGAAAUCGAUUACAAUUUUAGAGGUAUUGCCGUUAAUGUCCUAGGACGAGAUCUUUCAUUGGGGGACUGCAUAAAGAUGUUCGUAUCGCGUUCUACGAUUUUUUUGUAUAAAUUUUUAAUUAUCCUGACUUAUUUUCUAACUAACGUUUUGUACUGUGAAAUUGAUAAUUUCCGUUGCUUUACGGUUCCCAACUAUUGUCAUCGCUUAUUCGGCAAACAUGAAUUUCCAUUCCGUGUGACGUUACAAUCGAUAUUCCACAAGUUAACGUCACGUUGAAAUCGUAAUAUUAAAAACUUGAAAAGUUCUCUGAUCGAACAAUAUCGUGUUCGCUGAAGGGGUUUACUUUUAAGAAUUCAAAUCAAAGAUUAUUAAAGGACUGUGUACUAUAAGCUUAGGGAAUGUAAAUAUUGUGAAAAGAGGAGGGAGCGAGCGAGCAAUUUGUCAGCGUGACAGAUCUACUAGUGUAAAUACGCAUUUACUACACGUUAAUGAUAAUGAGAAAUUGUGAUUGAGAUGCUAGUGACUGUAUGUAAUGAUUUAAGAAUAAGAAAUAAUAAAACUAUUAUAUCAUGUUCGUAUAUUACA